AAGCGUUUGCUUUCAAUGUAUUUAAAACGAAAUAUUUGUUACACUUAUAACGAAAAGGGUUGACCUCUGGAGUGAAACAAUAUUAAUAAGAAUAUUCUGGAGGUGAACAAUAAUUGAAGGAAACUUCUACUAAACUGGAAGAAUGUGUGAAGAAUUGAGUACAGAAUUGGUGGAAAAGUGCCAUAAAUUGUGUUCAGAGUAUGUUUGGCUGAAUGUGAGACCAAAUGAAGUGAUAUAUAAGCGAAUCACCGGUGGAUUUACUAAUCAAAUGAUUUGCUGUCAACUUAACAAACAAAUGGAUUCCAGUGAAGACAUACCCAAAGAUAUUGCCAUCAAAUUAUACCGAAUGAGUGAACGACCCCUCGAUGCCAACGACAGUCCAUUCAAUGAUCUUAUAAUCGGAUUAAUUAUAUCUGAACUAAGAUUGGGUCCAAAGAUUUACGGCAUCUCUUCGGACGCUAUUCUUAUGGAAUAUUAUGAGAAGUGCCAUCAAUUCAACGCAUUGGAUCAAAAGGACGAGUCAUUAGUGCGAGAAUUGGGCACAAAAUUAGCAAAAGUCCAUUCUUUGAGACCUCCUAUCAAUUCGUCCAUCACUUGGUUUUACGAGACUUUUACCCACAAAAACAAUUGUUGUGAAGAUAGAGUAGUAUUGAUUGACUUCGAGUUCUCCAGUUAUGGCUAUCGGGGCCGAGACUUAGUUCUCUACCAAUUGAAUGGAAGCGAGAAUUUAUUCAACGAUUCCAAAGUCAAUAUUUUGUUCGCUUGGAGGGAGGGAUCAGAUGGUCGGGCAGUUGCUGUGGUAAGUCAUGACCGUUGA